UAAAGAUGCAACAAUGAGAGGAAUAAAUACCUCGAGAGAUGGAGAUACCAAGAGGGUGACUGAGAAAUAGAGAUGAGAGAGACCGAGAGAAAGACCUAAGCACCUAAGUAGUGAGACACAAAAACCAUGAGAGACAGAGAUGAGGAAUGAAUUCUCGAUGUCUCUAGAACCUUUGGGAAUCUGUCGGAGCCACAGCAGUAGCCGGGCCAGCUGGCUUCUUCCUCCUCUCUCCCUGUUAGGCACUGCUAGGCAGCAGUUUGGAAGCUGGUCUUUGAAGAAGGUCCAGCAUGAGCACUUAACCUCAUUGUUUCCAGAGCAUUUCUUGGGCUACAAACUAAGUCCUGCAAACCUUCUGAUUUUAGUGGGCUGGAUGGAACUUACGGGUGGUUUCCUAUUGGCCCUGGGCAACCCCUUGCUACAGGGACUCAGCAACAUUGUGCUCAUCUUCCUUAUGAUGGGUAUAUUCUACUCUUUGCUGAUAUCAAAGGAGUCUCUGAUUGCAUAUGCACCUGUAACUCUUUGCUUGGGACUGCUGCUUCUGCUCAAUACUCGUUUCUGUUAUCGUUAAGCCAAGGCCAAGAUUGAAUGAAGGGCUGUAGAGAAAGUUAGGAGAGAGGGUAGAAAGAGGUACAGGAUCUUCAUUGGGAGCUGGACAAUUACAGAAGGGUGAAAAUGGAAGUAUCUCUGGCCUAGCAAAUUUUUUUCCCUUGUAGAUUUGAUGACAAGGACGUCUUUGGAACACACAACUACAUGAAUCCAACCUCUGGCCCUGAACUAGUUGAUUCUGGGUUUGCUUUAUUUUUUCCCUGCCCUAGGGAACAAUCCCCAAUGCAUUUCCCUCUCUAUCUAUGGGAAAGGCUUCCCUGCUUUCUCCAGCUCUUGCUUCCUGGUUUGCCCUCUACUCAUUUCACCCAUCCACCUCUGUUUUUAAGGUUAAGUCUUUGCAUAUGUGUAUAUGAUUUCCCUCAUUCUAAAACAACUCAGUAUAAAGAAAACCACUCAGAAUUCACAAAGCAAGACAUUGACUCAACUUUAAAGAAUGGAAAACCUCUCCCUUAAGUCAUUCUUAGGUUUCCUUCCAUAUAUCAAGAAGGUGCAUUUUAUGGCCAAGUGUCAUACUACAGCAAAAUCCUACUAAAAAAGAGUAAGUUUCCAAUCAGAAAGAAGAAAAUCAGGGAGUUGUGGGGAUGGAGAAUGAAAACCAUCAUUGAGUUCAGAAGAGGAAACAGGCAUCCAAAGAGGGAAGAAGGACGGUGGGAAGAAAGACAAGCAGGGAGAUUCUGAAGUUGGAAAGGUGAAUAAUAAAGUGGGAAAUACAGCCCAGCCUUAGCACACA